UCCCGUCGGCCAUCACGCUAUUCCCGUCGCCCCCGUUGCGCAGAGGACGGUACCAACGAUCGCGUCAGUAGCUCACAUCUGAUCGCAGGUUGCGUCGAGUGUUGUGUCGGAAUCGCAGUUUUAUUCGAACGUUAUCGUGCAAAAAUAUGACAACGGCGGCGAGGCCGACUUUCGAGCCUGCCCGGGGAGGGCAAGGUCGAGGCGAGAAGGACUUGAGCGCAAUUUCCAAACAAUAUAGCAGCAGAGAUUUGCCAUCGCACACGAAGCUCAAGUACAGAGAAUACGGACAGGGAACGGUCGAAGAGCUGCGAAAUCGUGACUUCAGGAAAGAAUUAGAGGAAAAGGAACGAGUGGAAAAGGACAAAGGAUCAAGCCGUCGUGCCAUUGAACCUUCCAGAGAAUCAACUACAUCCAGUGCGAAAAGACAGAAACUAGAUCAAGUUCCUGCGGCUAGCUUAGAUGCAGACGAUCCACUUGAUGACGAUGAAUCAGAUUCUGAUAGUGAUGAAGACGACAUUAAUGAGCUCAUGGCUCAGCUCAAUAAAAUUAAGAAGGAACGAGCAGAGGAACAAGCUAAAAAAGAGAUGGAGAAGCGGCAAGAAGAAGAAAGGAUACGCAUGGAAAAUAUUCUUUCUGGAAAUCCUUUGUUAAAUUAUUCGUCACAAAGUGGAAGAGUGGAUAUGAAGGUACGAAGACGAUGGGAUGACGAUGUUGUCUUCAAAAAUUGUGCGCGUUCCGAACCUAAGAAGAAACACGAUAUUUUCAUCAAUGAUUCUCUGCGAAGCGAAUUCCACCGCAAAUUUAUGGAGAAGUAUGUUAAAUAAUUCAGUAUAUUAAUCAGUAUUAACAUUGUACAUAGGUUUUUUAAUGCAUAUUAUAUUGAAUAAAAGCACAUUUCUUCUCAUCUUCCACAUUAUAUUAUUGAUUCUAGACAAUAAAGAACAAAAAAAUUA